AUUAUUUUCUCUCUCGCAGUUUUACUAAAAUACGAUGACAGCUAUAAUGGGAUUGGUAACGCUGACAUCAAUAUCACAGCGAUCAUUCAGCUAUUAAGUUCCUCUGAAAGAGUCCAUCCUAAACCUUUAACUAAUAUGAAAUAUUCAAAAGAGGGACACAAGACAUUGCAUUAUUGUUGCAGUUUAAACUUUAGAAGACAAGUAAAGAGUUUAGAGAAAGCGACACCAUUUACAUCCAAAUUAAGAUCCCUUACAGUACUUCAGAUUACAAUUGUCAACACAAUCACAUUCACACCCUUUUGGAUUUCUAGUUCCAUGUCCUUUUAUCUGAUUCUAGUGCAUGCCUAGAUUUCAAUUUCGAGGCCAUGGAAGAGGAAAGAGGGAGUUUCCUGCCGAACAACAAAGAUGAGCUACUACCACUUGAUAGAACAACAGAAUUGAAGAACUUCAGAUCAUACCUGAGAUGGGUUUACGUGGAUCAUUCCAACGUGUGCAAAGCUGGUUUCUCGUGGUCCGUGUUCUUCACCUUGGCCUUUGUUGUGCCCAUACUUUCACACUUUUUGCUUGAUUGCCCCACCUGCGAUCAAGAUCAUACUCGACCGUACCACAUACCAGUGCAGAUUUCUCUCUCCAUCUUUGCAGCCCUCUCUUUCAUCAGUAUUUCUUCCUGGGAUCGUAAAUAUGGCUUCAGCAAGUUUCUCUUCCUUGAUAAAUUAGGUGAUGAAAGCCUCAAGAUUCAACGAGGGUACUCGGAACAGAUGCAGGGAACCAUGAAGCUCAUCUUGAGGUGGGGGCUUCCCUGUUUCAUAGCAGAAUUUGCCUACAAGAUAUGGUGGUACGUCUCAGGAGUUUCACAAAUACCACAUUACGGUAAUAUAUACGUGAGCAGCAUCAUUCUGUGCACAUUUGAGCUAUGUUCCUGGCUUUAUAGAACCUCCAUUUUCUUCCUGGUGUGUGUCCUCUUUCGACUUAUCUGCUACCUGCAAAUACUCAGACUAGAUGAGUUUGCUCGAGUUUUUCAUCGAGAAACUGAGGUGGGGUCAAUCUUGCUGGAGCACCUUAGAUUGAGAAGGAAUCUUCGGAUCAUAAGCCAUCGUUUCCGAGUUUUCAUUCUAUCUUCUCUGCUUUUGGUGACAGCAAGCCAACUCAUUUUUUUGCUUAUGGUUACAAAAGCCCAUGCAGAUGUUGAUAUCAUGAAGUCUGGAGAACUUGCGUUAGUGUCGAUCACCCUGGUGAGUGGACUUUUCUUACUCUUGCGAGGUGCAACCAAGAUCACACAUAAAGCACACUCCGUUACAGGCCUUGCAGCUAAGUGGCAUAUAUGUGCUACCAUAAAUUCAUUUGACAACAUUGAUGGAGAGACACCAACAACUGCGCAAGCAAUUUCAGCCCAAGCUAUUGCUGCCAAUAUUAGUUGGGGAUCAUCGGAUGAUGAGGUGGGAGAUGAGGAGGACGAGUUGGAUAACACAAAAUUGCUGCCAAUUUACACCCAAACAAUCUCAUUCCACAAGAGGCAGGCUCUAGUGACAUACUUGGAGAACAAUAGAGCAGGAAUCACAGUGUUUGGGUUCAUGCUUGACAGAUCCUGGCUCCACUCCAUUUUUGGCAUUCAAAUGGCUCUUUGCCUUUGGCUACUUAACAAAACAAUUGGUGUUUAGGGACAGAUUGUAACUGUUGUUAUGUGAUUCCUCUUAUCUUGUUUGUUGUAUAUUUCUUUUUUUAUUUUCAACCGUUCAUUUGGAUCUAUCUGGUUGUGAUCUGUGAAAUGUGAACGAUACACGUUUGCACCAGAUUUUGCUUAGACUAUUUUGAAUGUGACUGCAUGUUCUACUACAGUACAAUGGAGCGAAUUCUAGUAUCGGAUGACACAGGUACAGGUACAGCACAUCGAAUUGCAGUGGCAUAAACAAGCUUUUGGUUGUAAUACAUGACUGAAACAUAAGUGUUCAUUCGGCUUAUCGAUCAAAGCAAAAUAGAUAUUAAUAGUGUGAUAAAACAUAUUCACGUA